AUGGCUCCUAGUUUCAGUACCAGUAAUGAUCUCAUUAGAGGAGAACCACGUUCACCUCAACAUGUUCCGCGUUUAACCAGGAGAAUCUCAGGGUUUUUGCCUCAAGAGAUUAAGACCAUUGAUGCAACCAUUCCCUUGAAAUCUAGGGAGCUCUGGGAAAAAAAUGGUAUUCAGAAAUUUGAUGAAGAAAGUGGAUUCGAGAAGAAAUUUGUGGGUCACGUUGAAACUAGCUUGGCUCGUUCAAUGUAUAACUGCGAUGAGCUAGCUGCCUAUGAGGCUACUUCCUUAUCCGUUCGAGACAAUCUCUUGAUUGAUUGGAAUGCAACUCAGCAGAAAAUUACCACAACAGAGCCCAAACGUGUCUAUUAUUUGUCAUUAGAAUUUUUAAUGGGUCGUGCAUUGGACAAUGCGUUGAUCAACAUGUCUAGUAAUGAUAAACUUGCUAACACUGGUGACAAUACUUCUAGAGGAUUUGUCAAAAAGGGGUUGGACGACUUGGGGUUCAAUUUGGAGAACGUUUUGAAGAAGGAGCCCGAUGCCGGUCUUGGUAACGGUGGUCUAGGUCGUCUCGCAGCCUGUUUUGUUGAUUCGAUGGCUACUAAAAAUAUUCCAGCUUGGGGGUACGGUUUACGCUACGAAUAUGGUAUCUUUGCACAAAAGAUCAUCAAUGGCUACCAGGUCGAGACACCGGACUAUUGGUUGAAUAGCGGUAAUCCAUGGGAAAUUGAACGUACUGAAAUUCAAGUACCUAUCACUUUCUAUGGGUACGUUGACAGGGUGAAUGGUGACACAAGUACUUUAUCACCAUCUCAAUGGGUUGGUGGUGAGCGAGUUCUUGCAGUGGCAUACGAUUUCCCCGUUCCCGGUUUCAAGACUAGUACUGUUAACAAUUUAAGAUUGUGGAGGGCAAAACCCACUACGGAAUUUGAUUUCGCCAAAUUUAAUAGUGGUGAUUACAAAAAUUCUGUUGACCAACAACAGCGUGCGGAAUCAAUCACCGCAGUUCUUUACCCAAACGACAACUUUACUGAAGGUAAAGAAUUGAGAUUAAAACAGCAAUACUUCUGGUGUGCCGCUUCCUUGCAUGAUAUCGUGAGAAGAUUCAAGAAAUCCAAGAGACCAUGGAGAGAACUUCCCGAUAAAAUCGCGAUUCAAUUAAAUGACACCCAUCCAACGCUAGCGAUUGUGGAGUUACAGAGGAUCUUGGUCGACUUAGAAAAACUAGAUUGGCAUGAAGCUUGGGACAUUGUCACCCAUACUUUUGCCUAUACCAACCAUACUGUGAUGCAAGAAGCCCUGGAAAAAUGGCCAAUAGAUCUAUUUGGCAAUCUGUUGCCAAGACAUCUGGAAAUCAUUUACGAUAUCAAUUGGUUCUUUUUAAAAGAAGUCCACAAAAAAUUCCCCAAGGAUACCGAUAUCUUGAGAAAUGUUUCCAUUAUUGAAGAAGCAACGCCUGAAAGACAGGUGAGGAUGGCUUUCUUGGCAGUUAUUGGCUCCCAUCAUGUUAACGGUGUAGCUGAAUUGCACUCACAAUUGAUAAGAACAACGAUAUUCAAAGAUUUUGCAAAAGUCUUUGGCAACAAGAAGUUUACUAAUGUUACCAAUGGUAUCACACCAAGAAGAUGGUUGAAACAAGCAAAUCCUGAGCUUGCCGAGUUAAUUGGAGAUGCUAUCGGAGAUCCUUCACAGAAUUUCUUGUUGGAUAUGUCUAAAUUGACUGCCUUGGCCAAGAAGGCCGACGAUCCUGAAUUUCAAGCAAAAUGGGAUUCUGUGAAGGAACACAAUAAAAUAAGACUAGCUAAUUACAUUAAGGAAUUGAAUGGUGGUGUCGAUGUUAUUAACAAGGAACACAUCAGGCACACAUUGUUUGAUAUCCAGGUUAAACGUAUGCACGAGUACAAAAGACAGCAGAUGAACAUUUUUGGUGUAAUUCACAGGUACUUCUCCAUGAAAGAUAUGUUAAAGGAUGGAAAAUCGAUCGAGGAGGUGGCUGCAAAAUAUCCACGUAAGGUUUCUAUCUUUGGUGGUAAAAGUGCGGCAGGUUAUUACAUGGCCAAAUUGGUGAUCAGAUUAAUCAAUUCUGUUGCUGAGGUGAUCAACAACGACAAGGAGAUUCAAGAUUUGCUCAAAGUUUUCUUCAUUCCCGAUUAUAACGUUUCCAAAGCUGAAAUCAUUGUGCCUGCAAGUGAUUUGAGUGAGCAUAUUUCUACCGCUGGUACGGAAGGUUCUGGUACCUCAAACAUGAAGUUUGUCAUGAACGGUGGGUUAAUUAUUGGUACGGUUGAUGGUGCUAAUGUUGAAAUUACCAGAGAAAUUGGGGAAGAUAAUAUAUUUUUGUUCGGCCAUUUAAGUGAAAGCGUGGAUGAUCUAAGAUUUAAGCAUCAGUACAACGAAACUCCAUUGCCACCUUCCAUUGACAGGGUUUUAAACGAGCUUGAUAGUUUUACGGAAUUUAAAGGUGAAUUUAAACCAUUGAUCGAUAGUAUUAGACACCAUGGUGAUUACUAUAUUGUGAGUGACGAUUUUGAUUCUUACCUUGCUACACACCAUCUAGUAGAUGAGACGUACCACCACUCCAAACACGAAUGGAUUAAGAAAUCAAUCCUCAGUGUUGCUAACAUUGGAUUUUUCAGCAGUGAUAGAUGUAUUGAUGAAUACGCUAGCACCAUUUGGAACGUAGAACCAAUGACCCCUUGA